AAUUUCAAUAUGUGCUUUCAGGUUAGAAAAAAAGUAUGCUAAAAUGUAUAUUUUGGUAUAAUUACGAUUUGACAUCUACACCAUGUAUCGCGGCAAUACUUGGACACGGUCAGGUAGCAGACUCGCCAAUGCAAGAUACAAAUUGUUAAGUCAUAAUACAAAGAAAGGACUGUUAUCAAAAAGUGUUUGGACUAGAAGUUCAUCAUCCAGUUCAUCCAAAUCUACCGGAAAUGGAAUAUAUAUGGGGGCAUCUGUUGCCACUAUUGGAGUGCUAGGUACUGUGGCUGUUGCAUAUGCGAGUUAUGACGAUGAGUUCAGAAGCAGUUUAGAAAGAAGUGCACCAUUUACAAAGGGUGUUCUUACAACUUUGCUUGGCGAACGUAAAAGUAAACAAAUUUUGCUCACGGAUGAAAAAGAUUUAUCAAUCCCAUUUGAAAUUCCUGUGACCAAAGAGGGAGAAGGUCUUUCUGAUAAAACAUCGACCCCAGUUUUUGCAGAUGAAAUAACACAUGCUCCUUCAGAAACUCAUGCAGCAGAUCUCCUUUCUUUAAAUACCAUGGAUACACCAGGAGUUUCCGCAAUUGAUCUUGAAUUAAGUAAUCGCACACCAACGAAAAGCAAAGAAAUUAAAACAGAACCUAUUAAAGCAGGUAAAGAAGAAAAGCUUUCUUCACAAGUAGAAGUGUCAACUCCGGAAAUAUCGUCUGUCAUUACAACUGAUAUUAAAGCGGCAGACGAGGAAAAAUCUGUCGAAGGUGUGAUACCUAUUGAGACUGAGCAAUCAGAUGUUUCUACUGGGCCUUUGACAUCUGAAGAGAUCAACCAACUGUCCCAGCUUGUUGACCAAUCCGCAUUGGAAGUCGUUUUAGAUGCUUCGGCUGAACAACUACAGAUGUUAUCUAAUUCAACAAUAACUUCCUACAAUCAGGCCACAGCUUCCAUAAGAGAAUAUAUUCAGCAACUUUCUGAAGCUGUUUCAGUUCCAUACAAAGAAGAUGCCUAUAAUUCGGUUUGGACAGCCACAGCCUUGCUAGAGCACAAGUCCCAACAGGUUAUAGACGAAGCUGUGUCAAAAGAGCGAGAACUAAAAGCUGAGCUGGAGGGCUUAAUAGAGCUUAUGAAAUCUGUAAAACAAGCUGGUUUUAGCGAGGUGGCUACCCGAACAGAAGAGUUGGUAAAACUUUGUAAAGAGAAGCUCGAUUCAGUUCAUAGUGAAAUGCAGAAAGCAGAAGGCGAACUCAAGUUUUUUCUGGAUUUUCAAGCUGUCGUAGAGAAUGCUGCUCCUAAAUUACAAGAAGAACUCAAGCGGUUCACUCCUGAUCUUUUAAAGUUGAUGAAACUUAGAGAAGAGUUUCAGGAUCUUUCUCUUAAGGAAGCCUUGUUAGCAUUGGCACUAAAACGUCCUGAAGUAUUUCAGGGAGAAGCAAGGGAGAAUACAGUUGCUAAUUCAGAAAAAUUUACCGAUAUGAUUGCAAAACAAAAAGAAGAACUUAAGAAAAGAUCGGAAGAGAAAUUAAAGUCCGAAAUCAGUAGAAUUGAAACAGAGAUGGAUUUAAAAUUGCAGUCCAAAAUGAAAGAUGUUGAAAUUCGUUACGAAAACGAGAUACUUGCGCAGUUAAAACGCCAGGCUAGUGCGCACAACGAACACUUGGCUGAAGAGCUUGCUAAAAAGUCGUCUGAGGUAACAGCUAUGCUUCAGGAUGAAAUGAAUACGAAGUUGUCGGAACAACAUGAAAUUUAUCGACAGGAAUUGGAGAAGAAUGUUGCUGCAAUUGAUGGAAUUCAAUCUAAGAUAACUGAUAUCGUUGAUGUUGAUCGAUAUCAACGCCGCCUUCAGGAGCUAUGGAUAGCCUCUCAAGCGUUAAACGCUGCGCUGGAAGAAAGUGUAGUUCAUGGUCGCACACGAACAUUAAUGCCUGAGAUGGUGUCCAUUAUGCAUUUAGGGGGGAAAAAUGAAGUCAUUCAGGAAAUAAUUGAAACGAUUCCAGAAGCUGCUGCCAUGUACGGUGUGGUUCCUGAAAAAGAUCUGCUACAGAGAUUUGAUCGUGUCAAAGGUGUUUGCAAAAAGGUUGCUUUGGUAGGGGAGGAAGGAGGUUCAAUGGGUCACUAUCUUCUCUCCUUUGUCAAAUCGAUCUUUGUGUACACCGGUUGGUAUCGACGUUCUGUCGAAAACGAAAUAAACCCUGACGAAAUAGGACCGUACGAGAUUUUAGCCAAGGCUGAUUAUUUCGUAGAACAGGGCGAUCUGGAACAAGCUGCUAAGUUUAUGAGCCUAUUAAAAGGCGCGUCGAGAAAGAUGUGCAACGAUUGGUUGGUUGAAGUUCGGUUGCUAUUAGAAACUAAACAAACAGCGCAGCUGUUGUUGUCGUAUGCAGCGUCGCUAUCGGCUGGGGGUGGUUGAAAUGUCGUUGGUAAAUAAAAUAUUAAAUUGAAAUGGAAAUAAAACAACCUACCGGUAUGAACGAUGUUGCUUGUUCUGUUCAAUGAAUGUAGGAUUCUUAAAAUAGAUAUCUGUAAUUCUGAUCAUGUUAUGUGUAUUUCAUAAGAUAUUGAUACUAUAUUUUCGCUUUUA